UUCGAAAUGCUCCAUCAUCGCCUAGAGUUUCCUUUCCCUCUGGCUCAGAGAGCGAGGGACAGAGACGAAGAGUGUGUGGCAGUGGUUGUAUGACGACGUCGUUUAACGGGAUGAACGGAGUGGGAGGAUCGAGUUCGCGGACCGUGCUGAUAACCGGGGCGAGCAAAGGGCUCGGGAGAGCGCUGGCCCUCGAGCUCGCCAAGAAGGGCCACACCGUCAUCGGCUGCUCUCGCAACCACGAUAAGCUCAACUCCCUCCAAUCAGAGCUCUCCUCCCCUGACAACCACUUGUUCCUCAACGCUGAUGUGAAAUCUAAUAGCAGCAUUGAAGAGCUGGCACGUGUUGUGGUGGAGAAAAAGGGUGUUCCGGACAUCAUAGUAAACAAUGCAGGUACCAUCAAUAGAAACAACAAGAUAUGGGAGGUUCCUGAAGACGAAUUUGAUGCUGUUAUUGAUACAAAUGUAAAAGGCAUAGCAAAUAUGUUGCGUCACUUCAUCCCUCUGAUGAUUGCAAGGAAGCAAGGAAUUAUUGUCAAUAUGUCUUCCGGGUGGGGAAGAUCUGGCGCUGCACUGGUUGCACCUUAUUGUGCGUCAAAAUGGGCAGUUGAAGGUUUGACUAGAUCAGUGGCAAAGGAGUUACCCGAUGGAAUGGCAAUUGUUGCACUUAAUCCAGGUGUGAUAAACACUGACAUGCUUGCCUCAUGCUUUGGCAGUUCAGCUACCAUGUACCAGGCACCUGAAGCAUGGGCUGUGAAGGCUGCCACAAUGAUACUCAAUCUCACAGCAGCAGACAAUGGUGCAUCUCUCACUGUUUGAUAAACGUAUCCACUCAAACACUAGCGUUGGUUUAUACAAAUACCAUCUGAUUAGAAGCUUUGGACCCAUGAUGCCAGAAUUUACUCUCCAUGUCAAUUUCAAAAAAAUUUGAUUGUGAGGAACUCUAUUCAGUUUACUGUGUGUUCUUGAUAGUUAAGUGUAGUAUUAGUGAUUUUUCUUAUGCAAUUGAAUUUGAUUAUUUACAAUCAUAAUGAAGACUGAUUGUCCUGUAUAGGCCAAGAGAUUUUGAUUUCUCGGGGCUAUCAGGAAGGGGUAUUGAACUCAAUUCUUGACCA